AUGGCUUGCUUUACACUUUCGAAUCAUCCUGUUGCGGAAACAUCUUCUGAAAAUUGCGUAGGAUCCUCCGAAGUAUUGUACAAAUGUGAUGAAGGUGGACCCGACGAUAUCUCCUUGAAACAGGCUAUAUAUGGGUAUCUAUCAUACUCUAUUUGCAGUCAAGUAUCUUGUGAACCUAUACCAUUUAUUACUUGUGUUGAACUGUUACGAUAUCACCUUUCUCAAUUGAGCCUUCAUUCUAUGACAAGUCCGCCUCGGUAUCAUGUAAGGACUAAUACUCUUAGUCUAUUAUCGACGCUUAAGCAGAACUACCUCUACGCAUCUCUUGCUUGUUGA